UAUUUUUGACAAACCAAGCAAGGGUCCAUUUGCUAUUUUCAUUCUCUCUCUUAACCAAAAUUUUUGGAAGCUCUCUCUCCCUCUAUCAAACCUAGCCGCCGUAGCAAACAUAUAUCUCACAGCCACCUUCAGUUUGUUUCCGACCAUGUUUGGUUGUUCAACCAUCACCAUCUUCGUCCUCCACUUCUUCUCUAUUUUUCUCUCAAAUUUCUCAAAUCUGAGAAAUUUUGAAAUACUCCACCGCCCUUUUUUCUUAGAUCUUGACAAUCGGAGACCACCUUUUAAAAAAUCAUUACCAUAUAUAGACUCCCCUCCAUCACCUUUACAAAAUCCACACAGAAAAAUUAAGAUUGGAACAUUUUUUCCGACCACCGUGCCGGAAAAUUAGCCACCGUGCCGGAAAAGGUAGAUGCAAGAACGACAACAAAAUAAAAGACGUCAAAAGCAGGACAAAACUCAUUAUAUCUGUUUUGAAUCGGUUUGUUUUAUUUUUUAAUCUUAGUAAAGUGUUUUUAUGUCUUCUGUUAGUAAAAUUCAUGUCUAUUCAGAUUUAUUUAUGUAUAAAUCUGUUUUUAUUAUUAUUAUUAUUAUUAUUAUUAUUAUUAUGUGUGAAAAAAGAAAGUAAUCGUGCGUGGGAUUUUGGAAGGAAAGUUGAAACUUGUUUGUAUUAGUGUGUGUACAAGUAAACCAUGACAGCUGUUAUUGAAAAAACUAGGACAGCUGUUUCAUAUCUCGCGCGCGUUUGAUAUGUUUCUUGAUGAACAAAUAUUACCGUUACACAUAUCCCACCAUUAUAAAUACAUUCCUUUCAGUUCACUGUUCACUCACUCACUCAUCACUCCUCUAAGUCUAAUACUCUUCGCUGGGGCUGCAACAACAACGUUUGAGGUAACAAUUAAACUUUUCAAUUUCUAGUACUAUUGUUUUUAUUAACUUCUUCUAUCUCUUUCCAAUUUUAAUCGAUAAAAUUUCUAUCUUUCUUUCUUUUCACAGGAUUCUUCUUCUAUCCUCUCUAUUUCUCUUUCCACUUUGCCGACCCAUCUCAAAAAUUCAUUCUUUCUCAAAAAUUCAUCCAUUCUCACAAAUUUAUUCAUUCAUUUCAAAUUCAAUGACUUCUUUCACUAACAAUCCAUCCUUCCCGGUUGGUCUCAAAGUUCUUGCAGUUGGUGCUCUCUGCACUAUACGGGACAUAUGCAAUGACUUGUGCUAUCAAGUGAUCACUUGUUGCACUAUUUCUGAUGCAAGGAAUUACUUGUUCAACCAAAACUUUGAUAUCAUUCUUAUUGAAGCUAAUAUGCCAAGCAAUGAUACUUUUGAUUUUGUUGAACAAAUUACUUCACAUUUUCCUGUCAUGAUGAUGUCUCUUGAUCCCACGCCUUCUUCUGUUAUGGAUUCAAUUACCCAAGGGGCUUGCGCAUUCUGGUCCAAGCCCUUGGAUGAGAACCAAUUUAAGAUCAUGUGGCAACAUCUUGUACGGAAGGCUUUGAGCGAAACUCCUGAACUUCCUCAAACAUUGGAGGUUAUAGGCGGAAAAAAACGAGGAAGAGAAGAUGUUGAUUUACCAAAACAACCGCUUCCAAAGAAAAGCCGUUUGUCAUGGACACCCGACUUGGACAAACAAUUCUUAUCGGCUGUGAAUCAACUCGGGGUUAAUAGUAUUAAUGCAACACCCAAAAAAAUUCUUAAGCUGAUGAACUUUCCCGAUUUGACAACAGGGCAAGUAGCUAGCCAUUUACAGAAAUAUAGGAAGUAUUUAAAAGGGGAAAUAAAAAAAUCAAAGGUCAGUAGGCUAUCUGCUUUUCAAGGUCACGAUGAAAUUCCUACACAACAACAACAUUUGACCGAAAUUGGCGAAUGCGACAUCUUUUUUGACCUGUCUGAAUUGUUCCCAGAUCAUGUUGAUAACUUAUAAAAAUGUUAUGUCGUGACUAUUUCUGCCUGAAGUAGAAAUGAAGGCAGACUUUUUCCAAAAAAAAAAAAAUGAAGGUAGAGAAGGGCAAGAAUGGAAGUCCACAUUAGCAACCUAUGUUCUUAUCUUUAUCAUUUGUUUUACAUUGUCUUAAUGUAAUGUAGUUAAGCUUUAGGUAUUUUAGCCUUUUAGACCUUUGUUUUGAAACAAUGUCAUAUUGUAAAAGGUCGAUUUCUAUUUUCACUUUUAUUGUUCAUAUUGAAUCCAUCAAUGAAAUCUUCUUUUUUA